UCGCUCGCCGGCUCACCGGUGAUGUCUAGGUACAGGUCGUCCUGGUGGUCCAGGCGGUGCAGUUCCUGCGACGUGGAGCUGCGGCUCUUCUUCACUCCUUGCGAGGACGCCGAGCAGCGCCGCGAGCAGGGGGGCGCGGCGGCCCAACUCGGCCGCCGCUCGCUCUUCCGCUUCAUGGAGGCGGCCGCGGCCCGUCAGGGGGCCACGACCAUGGCCCCGAGCGUCCGCUCGCCCGCCGAGGCCCGCCGGCCCCGCGCGCGGGCGCUCCGGGCGGCGGGCGCGGAACGGCGCUGCGGGGACGGCGGGCGCGGGUCGAGCCCGGCGGGAGGCGGCGGCGCAGGAGUCGGAGGAGGGGCCGGGCCCACCGCGCCUGCCCCGCUCCCUCCUGCGGCCGCCAAGGGACCCGCGCCGCAGCCCAGGCUACAGCGCCUCCUGCCGCCGCCGGCGCCCCCCAGCCCGCCCCCAGGUGCCCGCAGCCCGCUGGGGCGCCCGAGGCGACGGUGCUGCCGCCGGCGGCUGGGGCUGCCCGGGGUAACCGCGCGCGCCCACCGUAGCCGCGGACGCUGCUGCCGAAGCGCCGAAGCACAGUCGGCCGCGGCUCCCGGGGACCCCAGGAGGGCUGUUCCGUGGAGCUUCAUUCACAAAAAAGGGCCCACAACCCUCCUCGGGGCCCGCAGAAUGGGGCUUUUCAUUGGUCAGUGA